AUGAAGUGCUUUGAGAAGCUGGUACGAGAGCACAUCCUGUGCUUCAUCCCCCCCACUUUUGACCCACACCAGUUUGCAUACAGGGAAAAUAGGGCCACUGAGGAUGCAGUAGCCACAGCUCUCCAUGCUGCAUUGUACCAUCUGGAGCAGCAGGGGAGUUAUGCUCGUCUCCUUUUCAUCGACUUCAGCUCUGCCUUUAAUACCAUCCUCCCUAGCAGACUGGUGGACAAACUAUCAAGCAUUGGCAUACCACACUCCACCUGCCUUUGGAUUAAAGACUUUUUAACAGGCCGCACCCAGCGAGUGCGCAUAGGUCAUAACACCUCCAUGGACCUCAACCUCAGCACUGGCUCGCCGCAGGGAUAUGCCUUUCAGAAGACUGUGGAGAAGUUUGGUGGGAUUGACAUCGUCUGCAAUAAUGCAGGCAUCCUCAACGAAGGGAACUGGGAGAAAAGUGUUGCCAUCAACCUGAACGGUGUGAUCAGAGGGACCUACCUGGCCCUGAACCACAUGAAGAAGGAAAAUGGAGGCAGAGGGGGAGUCAUCAUCAACAUCGCCUCACUGGCAGGUCUUGGUCCAUUCCGUACAUGUCCUGUCUACACAGCUACUAAACAUGGAGUGGUGGGCUUCAGCAGAGCCAUAGCGAUGGCUUCAGCUGCAGCUGGAUAUGGGGUGAGGAUAAACAUGAUCUGUCCCAGUUUUGCACGGACGGCCUUGCUGGAUGCUCUAACAUCCGAGGAGCGGUGUGGAGAAUACUACAAACUGCAGAAGAUCAACCACAAGCUCCUGGAGGCUUUUGGCGUUUUGGAGGUGUCAGAUGUGGUGAAGGCGUUUGAGAGCCUGGUUCUGGAUGAGAGUCAGAAUGGAGCGGCGGUCUCAGUCCAACCAGAGGGCUUUGGCUAUGUCAAUUUUCCAACUGUGGAAGAUCUGAAGAAGAACAACAAUCAUUGACAUCCACAUAGGCUACAUACAAAAACAUUCUGGAUUCUCUCUCUCUCUCUCUCUCUCUCUCUCUCUCUCUCUCUCUCUCUC